AUGUUUUCUUCCAGUCUUCGACGCGCAGCAGCAAGAACUGUUCUUAGAGGCUUUCACUUAAAGUUAGCCACACCUACAACUAUUAGAGCUUUCUCAGUACACGGAGCUCGCAAGUCUUCAGAAGGUAGCGAGGUAAGCAAAGGACUCUUUGGCCCGGGUGCUAAACCCGGCACUGUUCCGACCGACUAUGAACAAGCGACAGGUCUUGAACGUGCCGAACUUUUAGCUAAACUUGAAGGCAAAGAGUUGUUUGACUUGAACUCGUUACCGAUGUCUCAUUUGGGCACAAAAAAGGAACCAGUCUUUGUUAAAAGUUUAUAUAAUACAAAAAUAAUUGGAUGCACUGGUUUUCCUACUGAUUCUCACGAACCAUUGUGGUUAGUAAUUGAUCGAGACCAUGAGCUUGACCGAUGUCCGGAAUGCGGAUGUGUAUUUAAGAUGGAUUAUGUGGGUAGCCCUGAAACUGAAGCUCAUCACCAUUAA